AUGGGCAACGAAAACAGCACCGUCAUCGCCGACGAUGAGCCUACGCAGACCCUCGAGAGGCGCGACCUCAGCUCCGUGGCCAAGCUCAUCAAGGAUGGCCGGGCAAAGCGCAUCGUUGUCAUGACUGGUGCUGGUAUCUCGACCGCAGCUGGCAUACCCGACUUUCGGUCUCCAGAGACUGGCUUGUACCACAAUCUCGCGCGACUCAAUCUUCCCUACGCCGAAGCCGUGUUCGACAUUGAUUACUUUGAAGAGAAUCCAUAUCCCUUCUACGUACUUGCCAAAGAGCUGUACCCCGGACGAUUCCACCCCACUAUCGCCCACGUCUUUAUCGCUCUGUUGGCUAAAAAGAAACUCUUGCGCAUGCUCUUUACCCAAAACAUUGACUGUCUCGAGCGCGCCGCCGGCGUCCCGGGUGAUCUCAUCGUCGAAGCCCACGGCAGCUUCGCCACACAGCGAUGCAUCAAGUGCAAGACCGAGUACCCUGACAAGGAGAUGCACGAACAUGUGUUGGAGGGCAAGCCGCCAAAGUGUAUAGACGGCUGUGGUGGCCUGGUCAAGCCAGACAUUGUCUUCUUUGGCGAGCAACUUCCCGCAACGUUUUAUAACAAUCGUGGCCAGGCUGCCACGGCCGAUCUGAUGCUGGUGCUGGGCACGAGCUUGACCGUGCACCCAUUUGCCAGUCUGCCCAUGAUGGCUAUGGAAGGCGUGCCCAGAGUCUUGUUCAACAAGGAGCGGGUGGGCGAUAUGGGCACACGAGCAGAUGAUGUCAUUUGCCUUAGUGAUUGUGAUUCAGGUAUCAGACAGCUUGCCGAGGAGCUCGGCUGGGCCGAAGAGCUCUCGAGCAUGUGGAGAAAUCUUGUCGGCAAUACGGAAGCCGACCGACAGAUUCUUCACCUAGCAGAGUCUCGGAACAGGGAUGAAGUCAGACGGCUUGCUGAUGAAGUGGCGGAUAGGUUGGAGCUGUCUGAUCGAGAUGAGGAUGGCGAGGGUGCUAACCACUCUGCGCAGGUUGAUGAGAAAGAAGCAGCGACAGGCGCGACGAAGGGCAAAGAGGAAGGCAAGAAAGGCCAAGAAGCGAAGGCUGGUCAAGCAGAAGAUUCGCAACGCCCUACGUUUGGCUCUGCGGUUGAAGGUGAUGAGGAUCUUUAUCCGGACGCUGAAAAAGCAACGCCUGCGCAGCAAAAACUCCAAGAAUCAGCUGAGCCUGGCAGUGGUGUAAAGACAGAAAAGGGGGAAACGGAACUUGAUCAAGAGACAGCCUCGUACAGUCGUGCAGUAGCAGACAUGGCUGAUGAAGGGCGAACCAAUGGAGAGAGCAAGAAUCCCGAUUCUGUUCUAUGA